CUUGCCCCUGACUGCAACCUGGCACAUUGUCUCUCUCUCGGUACAGCGGCCACACAACAUGCUACGCGCUCCCACGCCGCGGUCUCUCCGAGCGCUCCGCCAUGCUUCGCCCAAGCCCGUGAGCUCGGACGUCGGAAGAGUGCUGCCUGUGUCGUCCUGGGCGGGAGGAGUAAGGCAGCAGCAGCAGCAGGGAGGACAUUCUUCUCAGAUCAUCAGCGGCGGGAACAGCAGCAGCUCUUCGUUCCCCCUGGUUGCGGCAGCUGCUGCUGCUGCUGCCGCCGCCGCCGCCGCCGCUGCCGGUGUAGGGGGGUACAUCAGUAUCAUUAUAGGGCUACUGCAAGAGCAGUGGUGGGCCUGGUAG